AUGAAACUCUUGUUAGUUUUUAUAGUUUUUUAUAUAGUACAAAUAUGUUUUGGUCAAUAUAAUGAUUAUUCAUCGUUUUUGAGUUCAAACGCAUCGUUGGCAGUUGUUGUGGAUCAAGAAUAUAUGCGCCAACAUAAUGAGAAUAUAAUGGGACAUUUUCAAAAGAUUUUAAGUGAUACAAUACGUGAAAAUUUAAAAAAUGGUGGUUUAAAUGUAAAGUAUUUUACUUGGAGUGGCAUACGUUUGAAGAAGGAAUUUUUAGCCGCCAUGACUGUAAUGGAUUGUGAAAAUACUUGGAAGUUCUAUGAAUCUACGCGUUUUUCAUCGGUAUUAAUGAUAGCACUAACUGAUAGUGAUUGCCCACGCCUACCACUAGAUGAAGCAAUAAUGAUACCUUCUGUGGGCCAUUCCAAAGAAUUUCCUCAGAUGAUUUUAGAUGCUAAAGUGCAAAAUUUACUCAAAUGGAAAAGUGCUGUCGUUAUGAUGGAUGAAUCAAUAGUGAAUCAAAAUACUAAAUUGGUAGAAUCGGUGGUACGCGAAGGCUCCAAUAACAUUGUGCCCAUAUCACUUUAUCUCUAUAGCAUUAAUGAUCAGUUGAGAUCACAAAAGAAACGCCAAGCUAUUCGUGAGGCUUUACAGCCAUUUCAGACAAACUCACAGAAUCCACAUAAUUUUAUAAUAUUUUCAAAAUUUUACGAGGACAUUAUAGAGGUGGCAGAAAACAUGAAUAUGUUUCAUGUGAAAAAUCAGUGGUUGUUUUUCGUUUUGGAAGAACACCUGCGAGAAUUUGAUCCGCUAGCGGUGACACAAAAUUUAGGCGAGGGUACGAAUAUAGCAUUCAUUUUGAAUGAUACUAUGUCGGGUUGUGUGAGUUCCUUAAAUUGUACCAUUGAAGAUAUGACCAAAGCAUUUGUGCUGUCGAUAUCAAAACUAAUCACAGAGGAGCAGGCUAUCUAUGGUGAAAUAUCGGAUGAAGAAUGGGAGGCCAUUAGAUAUUCGAAAAAACAGAAACAAGAUGAGAUCCUGAGAACAAUGAAGGAAUAUUUAAAAGACUAUAGUAAAUGUGAAAGUUGUUCUAAAUGGCGUAUCGAUACGGCCAUAAACUGGGGUAAAUCUCAAGAACAUAAAAGAUCUCUACGAGCUUCAUCAAAUACACCUAAUAGAAAUUUCGAAUUCGUAAAUGUGGGUUAUUGGACACCGGUAUUGGGUUUUGUUACACAAGAAUUGGCAUUUCCGCAUGCCAUACAUCAUUUUCGUAACAUAACAUUGGAUAUUUUAACAAUACAUAAUCCACCCUGGCAAAUUUUGAAAAAAGAUAGCAGAGGCAAUAUUAUAGAACACACAGGUAUUGUUAUGGAAGUUGUCAAAGAAUUGUCACGUAUGUUAAAUUUUAGCUAUAAACUUCAUGAUGCUCAUGCCCUCACUAAUGAUGAACAAGCUGGACAAAAUGAUACAGAUCUCCUGGGAACUCUAACGUACAUAAUACCAUUUCAAGUUGUAGAAUUGCUGCAAUCGAAUAAAUUUUUCCUGGCAGCUGUAGCAGCAACUGUGGAUGAGCCCGACAAGAAACAUUUUAAUUAUACAAUACCAAUAAGUAUACAAAAAUAUUCGUUUAUAUCUCGCAAACCAGAUGAAGUUAGUCGCAUAUAUUUAUUUACAGCACCAUUUACAAUAGAGACCUGGGCUUCACUAAUAGGUGUCAUAUUAAUAACAUCACCCGUACUUUAUGUCAUAAAUCGUUUAGUACCAACACAAGAAUUAAAAGUUAAAGGAUUUUGUACGGUUAAAAACUGUUUUUGGUAUAUUUAUGGGGCCUUAUUGCAACAGGGUGGCAUGUACUUACCUCAAGCUGAUAGCGGUCGUUUAGUUAUUGGCUUUUGGUGGAUAGUUGUUAUAGUUCUGGUGACAACCUAUUGCGGUAAUCUGGUAGCAUUUUUAACGUUUCCGAAAUUUCAACCGGGUUUGGAUUAUUUUUUUCAACUUUUUAAACACAAAGAAUAUGAACAGUUUGGUUUACGUAAUAGUACAUUUUUCGAAAAAUAUGCAAUGAUCUCUACCCGCAAUGAAUUCCACAGAUAUUUGGAACUUGCUACCAUUUACAACAGCAUGAAGGAUGAAAAUAUUGAAGCCGUCAAAGAGGGCAGUCGUGUCAACAUUGAUUGGCGCAUAAAUUUGCAAUUGAUAAUCCAAAAUCAUUUUGAAAAGGAUAAGGAAUGUACAUUUGCCUUGGGCAAGGAGAAUUUUCUAGACGAGCAAAUUGCUCUUAUGAUGCCUAGUAAUAGUCCAUAUUUAAAUUUAAUUAACGAACAACUAACACGUCUUAGCCAAAUGGGUUUCAUCGAAAGAUGGCAUCAAACUAAUCUGCCUUCAAUGGACAAAUGUAAUGGACGGGGUGUACUUAGGCAGAUAACAAAUCACAAAGUUAAUUUGGAUGAUAUGCAAGGAUGUUUCUUGGUACUACUAUUGGGUUUCAUGUUGGCUUUCUUUGUUAUACUAAUGGAGUAUUGGUUUCAUAUUUGGCAUUUAAGUCGCAGUGGCAAAAAUAAAACUUUUUUUUCUAACUGA